UGUAGGCAAUUUUCUGUAAAUACUUCCCCAAGGGAGUAUUUUACGGUAAUUUUUACUCCACCUAUUGGCCGGAUAAGAUAUAAUAUAUUUGGCAAGGUGUUCUGUGCUGGCAACCCUGACUAUAGCGACAAUAGCUAUUUGUCAUUUAUGUGAACUUGCCGGUGUGGACACAUUUUUAUGUUCUAUUAUUAACAUCGUUUAACGGAGACAACUGUAAGAUCCAAGAGAAAAGAUGAGUUUAUUACGCGUCAACAAGCUAUUUUCAGCCAACUUAAUUAAAAACGUUCGUCUCAUGUCACAAAUUGGAGAUUUGGGAAGUGGAGCUGGAAAGGGUGGUGGUGGCGGAGGAUCCAUCCGCGAAGCUGGUGGUGCUUUUGGUAAAAUUGAAGCUGGUAGAGAGGAGGAGUAUUUCUACAAAAAGCAACGUGAACAAUUGCAAAAGUUGAAAUCAGAUUUAAAUGACGAAAUUAGUUUCCAUGAAGAGCAAAUUAAAAGACAUCAGGAAGCAAUUGCUCGCCACAAGGAAAGAGUUACUGAAUUAGAUAAAAAGGAAUAGAUAUAUAUAUAUAUAUAUAUAUAUAUAUAUAUAUAUAUAUAUAUAUAUAUAUAUGUUGUUUUUUAACAUUUGUUAAGUCAUUUACUAAUUGCUGAAAUGAAAAUUGUAUAAUUCAUUCACUUAAUAAUUACUCUCAGAAAAUAAAUUUAUCCAUUAUAAUA